AUGAAUACAGAAGAAUUCAACCGCAAGCUUGAGGAACUCGGAGGCGGUGAGCAAGCUGACGUAGAAUCCGCCCAGCCGAUGCAGGUUCUAGCAACCGUAGCACCGCUGGAUCAGCAGGAAACGGAAGACGAAGCCUCCAACUCCGACCCAGGACCAUCCAACGUAAGGCCUCCCUUAGGUCGGGCACGACCACAAAAGGAUGUCCUGUCACCAGAAGAGAUGGUCGAGCAAGCGCGCAUGGAUUUAGUCGCGCAGUCUGAUAUUCUCAACAAACCAAUAACUCCCGAGGAGGCUGCAGACCCGGAGGCCUUAGAAGCAAAACGGCAGGAGAUGCUGGCAACAGCUCAGAAGUUCGCCAGGACCGCAGCCGCAAUGCUGGAAGAAAGAACCUUAGCUGCAAAUUUUGUGGACUACUCCCUAAAAAAGGAUCGCGAAGUCGACGAAAUGAUGGCGACAGCCAAGGGACUCCGAAAGGAGUGGGAGAAAAGGAUAGCCUCGCGCGAGGCGGAGGCCGAUAGGAUCGCUCGAGAAGACAUCCCUCCCCGUGUGUCCAAAGACGGCCUGAGCAGACACUUCUUCCACCGGCCGUCCAAGGCCUACACCACCGGUACCCGCAAGCGCCGCAAGAUCCAGCCGCCCGCAACGGUCGACGCUUCGGCUGUCUCCUCUGCCGGCGGCUCCGGGAACGCCGGCGCGGCGCAGCCGCAGCAACAGCGGAGCGAAACACGGUGGCACAAGACCGGCAAGACACGGCCUGUGGCAGUGGGCGGCCGGCAGAGGGGGUGCAAGAAGAUCCUAGUGCUCUACACAAACUUCGGCAAGCACCGGAAGCCUGAGAAGACCAACUGGGUGAUGCACCAGUACCACCUCGGCGAGUCUGAGGAGGAGCGCGAGGGCGAGCUCGUCGUAUCGAAGAUCUUCUACCAGACACAGCCGAGGCAGUGCGGCGUCAGCGACGGAGCCUCGGCAUCUACCUCGGCGGCUAGUACUAGCGUCUCAGCCGUGGAGAGGAGAAGGGUCGACCGUCGUGCGGGUGCAACGCCCGUGGUGCCGGGCAUGACAUCCUCGGACGUCAUCGGUGUGGCGUUCCACGGCGGUGCCCCUGUUGGCAUUGAAGACUUCAGCUUCACACAGUUCAGAAACAGUUUCGAUGAGGUGGGAAUGGGAGGAUCAGAUCAUCAUGUGGUGCAAUCUAGGGUUGACGAGGGAGUGAUGCAUCGUCCUGCAGCGCUUCACCAUCACCACCAGCAGCAGCACCUCCUCAACGAGCAGGAUCACCGGCGCCGCUACGCCGGUCUCCAACAGGAGCAGCAGAGCACGGCAGCGGUGGCGUUCCAUGUCAGCACGCCCACAGACCCCAUCGCCGCGUUGAUGGCGGCGCCACGGGCUCACCAGGGCUCGGUCGUUCUCACGGCACCAGUUGGGGAGCCGUAUGAUCAUGGGGCAGCGAGCUACCAUCAUCAGGAGGAUGAGCGGCCACACCAAACGCGGAAGUUUGAUGGACGGUCGACUUCUGGACUCGAAGAGGUGAUCAUGGGAUGCACAUCCAGGAGGUCAAAAGCAGGAGAAACAUCAGGUGGCAAGGAGGGCACAGGAUGGCAGUGCCAAUACCCAUCCUUCUGGCAUUCUGAAAACCAGGAUCAUCAUGGGUGAACGAGCAAACAUAUCUGCCAUGCACCUUGUUCUGUAGCCAGUCUCGGAGAGGUACCCAAAGGCCAGCAAAACCCUGACACCAUCAUUAUUGCCAUGGUAGGAUUAGCAUACAUACAACAAUAGGCUACAAGACUAAAAAGUACACAGGCAUUGCAGCAUAUAGGAGGAGUGGCUUCCAAGAAACACCCAAAAGGCAAAGUUUCCAACAAAACCGAAACCCAGCUUUUAUCCCCCCAGUCCACCACCGGCCACACACACAAACAUCUUCUCUCAAGAUUUACCUUUCUCUUCACCCAAUGUGUCUAGAUAGCGGGAUGGAAGUUUCAUUUGAGUGCUUACAUUUGCAUGUCUAAAGAGACAAAGAUGAUAUUGCAGGGAAAGCAAAAGGGAGAAACAGAAAAAAAAAAGAUAAAGGAGAGUACAGAAAACAAAGGUGACAUUACAAGAGGAGGUCAUAACCGUCGGUUGCUCACGCUGAUCAAUGCAAAAUCAUUGUGACAAUCAUCGUUUAUCGUGGUCUUUUUGGUCAAAUUGACAGCCAGUUAGUAUAAAUUAAUCAGAGUAUACCAUACAAUUUGUUUUUUGCUUUGUGAUUGUAUUAUAUUGCUUCAUUGGUUAAUUGUACACCAUUUUACUUUUAUUUUUGUCACAUAUCUGAGCAAAGAAGCUAACAUUUUGGAAAAGAAAGAAAGUAUACCUUUGUAAAGCUAGUAUUUGUUCAAUUGAAUUGGUCCAUUUCUUCA